UGGGUGGCGGAGUUGGUUUGUUCUACGACCUUUGCAGAAAAGGGGGUUCGGGUUGGAGCCUUUCAACAGAUCUCCCCACCGCCAGCUGCAGUUAGCAGGGUUUGCAUUGCAAAAGGCUGCAAGGAGAGGCGAACGUGGAGGGAAAGGAAGGGGUUUUAAAGGGGAGCCUAGUAAAUUCCAGAGAAGGGACAGCAGCAGCCCAAGAGCUGGUUGCGCAAGAAGGGAGAGAGAGUGAAGGAAGAGGAAGAAAAAAGAUCCGUUGUCUGUUCAGAUACUCUGGUUUCGUCGAUUAUCUGGCAUUUCACCCUGGUAAAUCCGUGUGUGUGUGUGUGUGUGUUGGGAAGGAGUGCCUUUAUCAUUAUGAUUGUAAAAUAGUAAUACCGCUACAUUUCUGGUCAAAGCGUUUCUGCUCAUGCAAGCCUAUCCAAGAUGCCUAGAAUGCUUUAGUCGGCCUUUAACUACACUUAUUUUAAUAAACAGCUUGAAUUUUUUAAAUCUGUUUUUGUUGUUGUUGACAGUUAUCAUCAUCAUUAUUUGCAAACACUUUAGAGGUUUUGGGUGCAAUCCAGCAGUAUACAAUAUAGUUAUUACUCAUAUCAUUAUUUACUAUCCCAGCUUCCUAACAGCUUGUGGUACCAGCUGCUUCCUGGUUGGCCACACAGAGAACAGAAUGCUGAACUAGAGGGGACACUGGCCUGAAAUAGCAGGGCUCUUUUUGGUUGUUGUUGUGGCCCUCAGGCUGAAAAAGUGCCCCAUCUCUGCUGCAAAGGGGUGCCGCCACUGAGACAUCCCUCUGCCCACUCACCAUCCGCCUCAUUUCCUAGGGCAGGUGUCUGAGAGCAGAAUCCCAGGUGACGAUUUUAAUAUUUAUUUAUGGCACCAUUUAUAUGCCGUUCCCAGGGAGUUCUCUGGCAGCCUACGAUAAAGAGGUUCAAAGGCAGUCCUAACCUUGGAUUUGAUAUCCCGCCUUUCACUCCCCUUCAGGAGUCUCAAAGCGGCUAACAUUCUCCAUUCCCUUCCUCCCCCACAACAAACACUCUGUGAGGUGAGUGGGGUUGAGAGACUUCAAAUAAGUGUGACUGGUCCAAGGUCACCCAGCAGCUGCAUGUGGAGGAGUAGAGACGCGAACCCGGUUCCCCAGAUUACGAGACUACCGCUCUUAACCACUACACCACACUGGCUCUCUAAGCAUACAAAUGUAUCCUUAAGCAUAGAAAUGCAGCAUAGCAUUAAGCAACGUGGAAAAAACAUGUUGAAAACUAAAGGAUUCUCAGGCAGCGCAAGCAGAACUCAAAACCCUUAGAGUUCCAAGUCCUGCAAUCCCUUAAAGACUUUGAAACUUUAUUUUAAAAAAAGCUGGGAUGCUAUAUAUCUUCACCCAGCUGAGACUUGUGCUGUGUUCACAUUACUGUCUUAGAAUAAAAUGAAGCAGCCUUCCCUCUGGCCCACAUGAUAUGAAUAUCAUGCAAAUAGCCCUAAAGAGAGGUUUCAAAUCUCAGAAUAGUUGUGCUCUUUGUGCCUCUAGGCAAAAGUGCUGUUUUCAAAUGCUGCAAAAGAGGAAAGGACAAAAAAAUGCAUCUAUCCAGCCAUACAGAAACACCUCUCUCUCUUUUCCUUUCAUGCAAUGAAAGGCUUUAUAACAAUUCAAGUCAGGCAAAAGCACUCAAGGAAGGAAAGGCCUCUGCGAGGGGUUGUGACUUAGUGGGCCUGAGGGCCAAACAGAGAGAUUUGAAGGGUCACUUUUGUUCCUGAGCCUGAGGUUCCUUACCCCAGCCUUAGGGCAUUGUCUUAUUGCUCACCUGGUGCUGAGCUGCUUGUCUUUCUGCAGUCAGACAAGUCCUUCUCUUUGCCCAAUCAGGCUUUUUAGAUCCUAGCCUUUCAUCUUCUGUGUCACUACUGCCUUUUUGCUGUUCUCAUAGUGUGGUGAGCCAUUUUAAAAGCCUGACGUGUGGGGUAAUAUUUAUUCAUAAGAAAUAAGCAUCCAGAGCAGGAUGUGACUCAUAUUAUGAUUCUCCCUUUCGUCCUAGGCAGGUUAUGGACGGGUGCGUGAGAAUAUGACGGAAGAAGCUUCAGGAACAAGUGGAUCUGGGAAAGAUUUGAGUGAAGCUGCUCCCAGAGGAUUGUUUGGAUGUGAAGAAAGUGAAAGAUCGUGAUUAUGGUGCCCUAAAGCCAUGUGCUGAUGUCAAAGGCAGCUUCCAACAGAGCUGAAAUCAUAAACACCAAAUAAUGCAUACAGGAGAGGAUAAAUAUAAGUGUUCAGAAUGUGGGAAAACCUUCAGCCGGAGCACCAACCUUCUUGUACAUGAAAGAACCCACACUGGAGAGAAACCAUACGAGUGCUCCAACUGUGGGAGAAGCUUCACCCACAGUUCAAAUCUUAGGGCACAUGAAAAAAUACACACAAGAGAAAAGCCGUAUGCAUGCACAGACUGUGGCCAGACCUUCUAUCACAGCUCGAGCCUUACAGCGCAUGAGAGAAUCCACACAGGGGAGAAUGUACACAGGUGCCCACACUGUGAGAAGGUCUUCACUCGUGGCUCAGUUUUUAGGAAACACAUGAGAAUCCAUACAGGUGAGAAACCAUUCAAGUGCUCAGACUGUGGGAAAAGUUUCUCUCAGAGGUGCAAUCUAAUUAUCCACGGGAAGACCCACACAGGAGAGAGACCCUUUAAAUGCUCCGAUUGCGGGAGAAACUUCAGUCGAAAAUGUGACCUCAUCGCACACAAGAGAAUCCACACGGAAGAGGACCCAUACAAGUGUCCGCACUGCGGGAAAAGCUUCUCUCAGAAGUCCAACCUUGUCAUACAUGAGAGGAUCCAUACAGAUGAGAAUCCAUAUCCAUGUCUGCACUGUGGGAAACGCUUCCGUCAGAAGGGCAACCUCAUGACGCACGUGCGGAUCCACACAGGAGAGAAGCCGUACCAGUGUCUGGAUUGCGGGAGGAGAUUCAGUCAGAAGGGCAGCCUCACAUCACAUGAGAAAACCCAUUCAAGAGAGAAAAGGACAUCUUGCAUGCAGGAAGUGAGGGCUUGAUAUUUUUCAGCCUCAGGUGGAAGUACCUGAUUUAGUUUUUUGGCUUGGGAGAGCCCUGGUAGUUCCUCAAAACCUUACUAAGGGAUCUCUCAGUGCAAAGAUCAAUAGAGGCAAACAUGCUUCCCUGAAAGAUGGUUUGCCCACUAAUAUUGAUCAUCCUCAACACAUAGCUAUCGAUCUACCAGGCUUGUCUUGUUCUUAUGCACCACAAACCCUGCCCCUAAAAAGAUGAAACCCUAGUUAUUGUGGCUGGAGAAAUACAGGACUGUGAAACCAGCUAGGAACAGUUAGAAGUAGUAACAUUACUCAGCAGCACUCAAGCUUUAAUACAUCUCUCACGAGUUUUAAAAAGAAAAGGCAUUGGGGGGGGAUUACUUAAAAUACUUUGUGUUUGCUGCUCUUGGGGGUUCUUAAAAUGAUAUGUUGUAUGUGUAUAUUUUAGCUCUGGUGUUGGAAUUUGCUCUGCAGAGGGCCUCAAAUGGUAGGAAAUGGUUUAAGAGAAGGGCAGGUUCAUAACCGCCUCUUCCUGGUAUUUCAUUUAACAGAGUCCUACUGCCUCAGUUUCAUAAUGGAGUGGGUCAACUGCUCCUUCUUCAUAGUUAUCCCGUAUUUGCACUUGGGAAUUGAUCACUUUCGCCUGCCUACUGUGGAGUUGUCAAGGAUUGUUGGGGAAAUUAACGCGAAACACUGAACACUAAAAAGAUAAUUCUACUACAAAUUAGAUUUGUAAUGAAACGCAGCAGUCUGUAGGGUGCUCAUGGCUAUCUUGCUGUCUUCUAGGAUACUUCUCUCUCUCUCUCUCUCUCACUCACACACACACACACACACCCCACACUUUUCCUGUCUCAUCAGAGAAUCAGCUUUUCAAGGCCACUAGAAAUGUGUGUUCCUCUUUGGCCUGUUUUCGGAAGGUUUUCUAAAGUUGCUGGGGUUCCUCUAUGCCUGCUGAUACUUUGUGCAUGGAUGUUGCCAUUUUGGCUACCUUUGGGCCAGCACUUGAAGAACCCAGUAGCCAUGUGAUUGCCUCCUUUCUUUUUUUGUUUGUUUUUAAAUAAAAGUGAUUCCCUUUUCUCCUUCCCACCCGUUUUUAUAUGUAAGUGCACAACACUGAACAUUUCACUGCCAACCCUCCAUGGCUCAGUUUACAAUUCACAACAACCCAUAAAAUAAAAGAAAGGAAAAGACAGAGCAAGAAAGGAGGAGACUCACUUGAAUGAAACCUCCACUGUACAAAAGCAGUCCCUGCAUAUAGAAAUCUAGCAAGUCAGGGGAAAGAAUGUUAGGGCCAAAUUAAUGCUACUGCUUGUGGGCGUCUUCCCACAGGCUUCUGGUUGGCCACGGUGAGAACUGCAUGGGCCAUUGGCCUAAUCCAGUAGGCUCUCCUUGAGUUCUUAUGCCCAGCUUCCAUAAUUCAGUUUGGGCUAAAGUGUUGACGAAGGUGAGAUUCAAACCCACAUGCAUGAGAAGCAAUGGAUGAGCCAGUCAUCACCUUCACCUUGUGAUCAUGAGGGUAGGGGACCCAAACCUGUACCUGGAUGGACUCGAACCACCAUUCUUCUGGUUAACAACCAGACACACUAACCAACGGAGCCACAGAGAGCUGAAUGGUUUCCCCCCAUAGCCUUUGGGCUGAGGUUUUGUUGCUGGAGCUGAAUAGAUGACAAACAGACUGAUGGUCCGAGAGGCCGAACAAUUUAAUGUCUGAGCAAACUUGGUCACUACAUUUUCACCCUGAAGCCCACAUCAUUUCUGAGCAGAGGAUUCGUUCUUUUUUAAUUUAAACAUUCUUCUUAGUUUAACAUUGAAAAAUAUUACCGAUUAAAAUCUACUUGUGGUUCUAAAAAUUUGUUUCUCUCAUUGAUGCAGUCUGCAUUCAAUUCCUGGUCAAGGAAUAUGUUUUUCUCUUUAUUUACUUAUUACUUGCAAAUGCUUAAUAUAGAUAGAUAACAGCAAUCAAGACUCCCAACUCACCACCCAUGACGCCCACAGUCUUCCCUUUUCCCUUCUUGGAGAGCGCAGCUGAACACACCCCUUGGCAAAAAGGAAGCGAGAGGAGGAAGUUGCCUUCUCAGAGGCUCCAACUCAGGACCUUCAGAUUAUGAAACUGACUGGCUGCUUCAUACGCUAAGAAGGGGGCAGAGUAGCAUCUCCUCCCUAUUGAGGAUGUGAGUAUGGCAGCUCAUGGAAGUUCUGUUCACAAGAGGCAGAGCCAGAUUUGUUAACAAAUCAGGAAAACUGCUAGCGUGGCAGUUGAAGAUAAGUGAACAAAGAAACUCCAUAAACAAAAUUAAUAUAAAUGGAAAGAUCACAGAUAAGAUGAAGGAAAUAAGAGCAGCAUUUGUAAAAUAUUUCUCAGAAUUGUAUAGGAAAGGGAAGGAAAAAGCUUUUAAAAUAGAGGAAUAUAUUAAAGGUAGUAAUCUGCCAAAAAUAAAAGAGGAACAAAUGGUGAGCUUAAACACACAAAUAACUGCUCAAGAAGUGUUAGAGGCAAUAAAGUGGACAAAAAAAUGGCAAGUCCCCGGGUCCAGAUGGAUGAAUGGCAAAGUAUUAUAAAAAAUUAAGUGAACAAUUGGUAAACCCAUUGAAAGAUGUCAUGAAUGAGAUAUUAAAUACAGGUGAAAUCCCAGAAACAUGGAAAGAGGCUUACAUUACAGUAAUUCCAAAACAAGAUUCAGAUUUGCUGCAAAUUAAAAAUUAAAGGCCUAUCUCAUUGUUAAACAAUGAUUAUAAAUUAUUUGCAAACAUUUUAGCUAAUAGAAUGAAAAAAAUAUUAAAUGAGUAUAUACAUCAAGAUCAGGCAGGAUUUCUUCCAGGUAGACAAAUGAAAGAAAAUAUAAGAAAUAUAUUAAAUGUGAUAGAAUAUCUGGAGGUCAAAAAUGAAAAGAAAGCAGCAAUGAUGUUUAUAGACGCGGAAAAAGCCUUUGACAAUGUUUCUUGGAAUUUCAUGACAAAAGUACUUGAAUAAAUUAUUGUGGAUUCAAAUUUUUAAAGGGAAUACAAGCAAUAUAUUCAGAACAAAAAGCUAAAUUAAUUGUAAAUCAGGUGAUAACGGACAACUGUAAGAUACAAAAAGGAACUAGACAGGGAUGCCCAUUAUCGCCGCUGUUGUUCAUUCUGGUCCUGGAAGUAUUUGCUAGAAACAUAAGAGCAGACAAAGAGAUCACUGGGAUAAAAACUGGGGAAAGUGAGUUUAAAUUGAAAGCAUGUGCUGAUGAUUUAGUAAUUACAGUGGAAGAUCCAAAAAAUUCUCUCCCUAGAGUUAUAGAAAAAAUUCAAAAAUUUGGGGAAGUGGCAGGAUCUAAAUUAAAUAGAAACAAAACUAAGUUAUGAGUAAAAAAUUUCUUUCACACUGUGAACUGAAUGAUUGUGAGUAAACUACUUUUAUAUAGAUUUUAAUAAGACUGUUGUGUCUAUUAUUUUUAAGAGGGACAAGGGAUCUUACCAGGAAUCUUAUACUGAGAGGCUCAGAUGAGCCUGCAACAAGCAUACCUCUGUGCAUUUAAAGGGGAAUGCUACUCUGAUAAGAUAUAGAACUUGCUAACGCAAGUUAGGAAGGAUAUCAUCAAACAAUAUAUCCUCUCCUGCAUCCCUGAACAUUCCCACAUUUUUUACCAGUCUUCUCAAUCUAUUUCCUGUCAGGGAAUCCUUUCGCUGGACUAGGGAGUUCAACCAGGCUUUUCUCAACCAUGGUUUAGUGGUCAGGAUUCUGUGCCACAAUUGGUGCUGAGGUCAGAUUCCUAGCUGGGUUUUCUUUCUUUUUUGCUCCCUCUCCCCCUUCCAGGAACAGAAGGUCUUUCAUGUAGGGAUAUCGCGGAGUGGAGAGUGGGGUCCGGAGGGAGCACACUUCCCCACCGGCAAGCAGCCACGUCUGCCUGCACGCGUGACCUUGGGGUGCAGGGCAACCCCCCCCCCCAGACAAGCCACAGCUGUCUGGUACAUCGUUCCACCUAUGUCUGACCUAUUGCGGUCUCAGAAGUCAGCGGUGUCCUGUCUGUAAGUUUUUCCCUGAGACCUUUUGUCUCCUACGUCAUACACUGUGCAAGGAGAAAAUGACGCUGUGGAAACAGGUGCCAAAAUAGCUUUGUACCACCCCACGAUUUCGGGACGGAAGAUGUGUAAAGGUCACAGCCCAAAGAUGUAUUUGCCUAGCUUGCAUGUUUGUCUCAAUAAAAAGAGGCUCCACAGGAAUGGUGGUAGCUCGCUUCAGACCACCUGUGCGCAGCUCACAUGAUGAUCAACACCUGUCUUGGGCCUUCACCUCAUUUCAGGUGUAUGCUCUUCUCCUCACACACAGGUGGAGAGGCGCAUUUUCAUCUGAGGGAUGGAAACAAGUCCAGAGGCCAGGGCACAGUUUCUCUACUCUGGUGGUUACUGCGAUCACCUCACACGCAAAAGGUCUGAAGCAGCCAGCAAAUGUGAUGCCCUCUGGAAGUUGCUGGACUACAAUCCCAUCAUCUCUGAUCAGAUGCUGGACAAGGCAGAUGGGAAUUGGAGUCCAGCCUCAUCCAAAGGACACCACAUUGGCUGUAAUGCUAAACACAUCUAAACAGCCAAAAGCCCCACUGAAGUCAGUGCAUUCCUAUUCAGGAACAUAAUAUUUACUGGGACUGUUAAAGUGAUAUUGUCUCUAAGAAAUAACCUGCAGAGGGAAUUCCGGGAAAGGGAAGGAAAAAGCAAAUAAAACAAAAUAAAACAAAAUUUAAAAAACUAGCCCCAUUUUUUCUCUGUUUUCUUGCUUCUGCUGAUUGUGACUAGAGUGAGUCAUCUCAAAAGGCCUGUGCAAAGCUGUCAAAAGAGCUCUUGAGGUGUUUGGUUUUAUAUCUGUCAUUUUCAUUUGGAGAGAAACUCCAAAUGUUCCUGUGAGGCAGAUUUAGCCUCCUUAGGAGAUCCUGAGGUGGAUUUUAUCUCCCCUCAGAUAAAAGAAAGGGAGGAAGGUCUCUCCAGAGAACGAGGCUCCUGAGAACGUGUAGAGUUCAGCUCCUGAGUCAGCACCAGAAAAAGACAUCUCCCCUGCUUCACAGUCCAGAGUCACCCGGAUCCUCCUGGGCUCCUCGCUUAGGGACAAAGGAGAGGAAUCAGGGGAGGUGCAGGCCCUGUACUUACCUCUCAAUUUCCCCACAGCCCAGAUCCCUUCCUCAUAACUUAACUCACAGAAGGUAUUAAUUAUUCUCAUGAGAAAGUCAUCCUUUCUCCUCAGAGACUUCCUGGCAACCCCUACAGCCCAUUCUCCCUCACUUCCCACAGUGACAUCCCAGAAAUGUCUGCCUGCUUUGAAUCCCUCACGUCCCAACACAGAAGGCCAGUCACUGAAUCUCUCAGGAUUGUCAGGCAGGGCUUGCUUUUUGUCUCCCCAUCUCACGCUUUUCCGAUCCUCGGACAGGAUGAGCCUGGGAUGGGCUGUGUCUGGAUCCAGAGUGACAUUUUCUGUUGGAAAAAGAAGAGAGGCAGAAUCAGCUGAGAGUCAGAGAUGGACACCCUGAUCCAAGAAACACUCCAGGAACCAGAUUCCCUCUCAAAGAAAUGGGAUUUCUUUGUAUUGCAUACAGAACUGGGAUACUUCUCUCUUGCUUCCAUACUUUCCCCACAAUAAAUACUUUCCUUGUUGGUUUUAAAUCUUUUUUUUUUAUUGCUCAUAAUGAUAUCUUUACAUCAUAACUUUACAUCAUAAAAAUAUCUAUCCAAAAAAUGUUUGUGAUUAUUGUUGUUGUCCAUUUUAGAUCAUCAAACAUUACAUGUACACAAAAAAGAAAAGAGAUGUAAUUCAAAUCAUAAUAUUCUUCAUAAAUAAAUGACUUCCCAUCUCUUCCAUUUUAUUAUAAUAAACUUGUUGCCUGUAUUUAUCUAUUUUCUUUUUCUUUGAAGUACUAUUAUUUCUAUCUAUCUUCAUUUUAAUAUUGGUUAUCUACAGACAUUACUCAAAGGCCAUUACCGUUUUCAGAUUGCAGCCCUUGUUGGUUUUUAAUCAGUUGGUUUCUUCUUUCUGCAUUCAAUGUACCAGUAUUUACAAUGAAACAAAACCACCUAGUGAACCUUUACUCAGCUCUUCUGUGUUUGUGAAUGGGAGGGGGGAGUAGGAGAGAAGGGGACUUGCCCUCCUUAGGCAUCUCUGUAUGAUAUGGCCAUUUGGGGCUCUCAGUGGGUGGGUGAUGAGGGCCCCCCAGUUCAGAUAAGCAGAGAACAGGCAUUCACUCUUAGAUGCCCUCAUUAUGCUUAGAGUUGGGGAGAGUGUCAGUGCAGAGACCCAUCAACCUAUUCUACCCAGAAGUGGAUCUGCUAUAAACUAAGGAAGCUUAAGCUCCAGGGCCCAAAACCCCAUAAAGUCCCCAGAAGCGACUUGAUUCAUGCAUGUAUAUAACGUUUCUCUAAUUUUCAUCCCCCCCCCAACUUGAAAACUAUAAGACAUAGGAAAUAUUUAUUCACUUUUGACACUGACCUGAGAUAAUCCAGUACAGCAAUUUUAAGCAAAAUCUGAGAUGUAGUAGCUAAUAAUAAUUUGAAAAAUUGUGGUGAUCUGUCAUGGAACGACCCCACUGAAGAAUAUAACAGUGGUUACUCAGACCUUUGUGGUUGUCAGGUUGAAUUUUACUUUUUGAAAUAUGGCAAUCCUAGAUCAAGCAGGCUUGCAGAAGUUGUGCCCACACUCUGGGAUGAUCACUGGAUCCUUGGAAUACUCCAGGCAGAUGGAGCAAGUGGCUUCAGCACAAAGAGUGGCUUCCUCACUCCAGAGAAGGAGUUAAGUUUCACUUUCUCAGUUUUCAGUAACUGGGUGUUUCCCUUUCUGUAACUGAUUCAGGAAGAAACUCAGUGCUGACUGCUUUUUUAAACCUGCAGUUGCUCAACAAAUCAGCUUGAAAAUAAGCUGGUUAAACUGGUUCUGUUCUCUCUUUCUGUCAAGGUCAUGCUGUUUAUAAUCAAUAAUAAGGCCAGAAGGAGCCUGGGUUUCGCUUCUUAUCUCCUUCCUUCUGGUGUGGUGUUCUGUAUAUACUGUUACGGUUUAGACUUAUUAUAAGUUAUUGCAAGUUUAAGUUACGUCUGCUGCAACUGGAUUUAUUAUGGACAGUGCCAAUCCUGACAAACCCCCUACUGAAAGCCUGCCCCCCCAAAAAAAAAUUCCUGGCUACGCCCAUGCGCCCAUGGACCUAGCCACUGUGAUCCAUGCGACGGUCACCUCCAGAUUGGAUUAUUGUAACUCGCUCUACGUGGGGCUGCCCUUGAGACUGACCCAGAAACUCCAGCGGGUGCAGAAUGCUGCAGCGAGACUCCUUACGAGGUCUUCGCUGCGAGAUCACAUUCACCCGGUGCUACACCAGCUGCACUGGCUCCCGGUGGAGUACAGGAUCAGAUUUAAGGUGAUGGUUUUAACCUUUAAAGCCCUAUACGGCCUAGGACCCUCGUACCUACGGGACCGCCUCUCCUGGUAUGCCCCACAGAGAAACUUACGGUCUUCAAAUAAAAACAUCUUGAAGGUCCCAGGCCACAGAGAAGUUAGGCUGGCCUCAACUAGAGCCAGGGCUUUUCGGCUGUGGCUCCGAUCUGGUAGAACACUCUGUCACAAGAGACCAGGGCCCUGCGGGACUUGACAUCUUUCCGCAGGGCCUGCAAGACAGAGCUGUUCCACCAGGCCUUUGGCCAGGGCACAGCCUGACUCCCUCCCUUGGCAAUCUUCGCGGAGCUCUGGCCCAAUGGUUGCCAGUGGCCUGAAUUAAUUAAUUUUACAAUGAAUGAUUUUAGAGUGUUGUUUAUGUUAUACUUUUAUACUGUUUUAUUGUUGUUAGCCGCCCUGAGCCCGGCUUCGGCUGGGGAGGGCGGGAUAUAAAUAAAAUUUAUUAUUGUUAUUAUUAUUAUUAGAGACUCAAAGAGUGAAAAACACAUGGAAGAGAAUGAAUUUGAAGAUGAACUAGAAAUCAUUCAAGACAAAAUUAAUUCACUGUCAGUGAUUGGGACCUACACCCACCUCGGCUAGAUAGGACUCCGGAGCUAAGCAGCCAACCAAGAUGUCCAGGCCAGGAGGCAGAGCCAUAGCUGGGGUGUGUGUAGCCAGUACUUUUGCCCCGGGUGAAGCUCCCAGAGGGCACCAGUGAGGGUCACAGCCUGUUGGCCAUUUACUGUGUGUGUACAUAAAUGUGUGUGGCAGGGUGCCCAACUUGGUCUUUGACCUGGGUGACAGAAAGCCUAGUUUCACCCCUGCCAGGAGCGGAGAGCAUCAUCCAGUCCCCAUCCCGCAGAUGAAUUUGGGCCUCAGUCAGAAAUUUACCUUUCUGAAGCUGUUGUCUGAAUAAAAGAGAGUCUGAGGAAGCAAAACGAUAUGGAGUUUAAGCGUUAUACUCUUGUACCUCCAAUAAUAAUAAUAACAGCAAUAAUAAUAAUAGUAAUUAUAUUUGUACCCUGCCCAUCUGACUGGGUUGCCCCACCCAUUCUGGGUGGCUUCCAACAUAUAUAAAAACAUAAAACAUUACAAUAAAUAUUUGUACAAAAAUUACACUUCAUAAUGUAGCUAUAAAGGUAAAGGUAAAGGGACCCCUGACCAUUAGGUCCAGUCGUGACCGAUUCUGGGGUUGCGGCGCUCAUCUUGCUUUACUGGCCGAGGGAGCCGACGUACAGCUUCCGGGUCAUGUGGCCAGCAUGACUAAGCCACUUCUGGUGAACCAGAGCAGCGCACAGAAACACCGUUUACCUUCCCACCAGAGCAGUACCUAUAUAUCUACUUGCACUUUGACGUGCUUUUGAACUGCUAGGUUGGCAGGAGCAGGGACCGAACAACGGGAGCUCACCCCGUUGCAGGGAUUCGAACCACCGACCUUCUGAUAGGUAAGUCCUAGGCUCUGUGGUUUAACCCACAGCGCCACCCGCGUCCCUAUAGUAGCUAUAGUUUCCUUAAAUCAAGUAAAAUAUUAGGUAGUAGAACAAAUAUUUUAAAACAAGGAAAUAAUAGAAAGAACCAAUGAAAAUAACUAGAAUUUUAAAACUCAGCAGUGAUAAACUAGACUUAAAAGCAGCAGAAUAAAAAUAUUCAGCAAAAAAAGCGAUGGUCUAUGAAUGUAGAUUCAGGUAGGUAGCCAUGUUGGUCUGACGCAGUCGAAAUAAAUAAAAUAAAUAAAAAAUUGUCCAGUAG